AUGUAGUAAUAAAAAGAAUAUAUUCCAAUAGUUUUGAUUGAUGACAAGAUUAAAUAGUAGAGAAUCGAAACAGAAUUCACAGAAGAGAAACUACCAUUAAUUGAAUCUGUAAUUAAAACAAGCAAAACGAGUACUCAUCUGCUAAAUUCCAGAACCUCAUCCACUAAAUAUAUUAUCCCAACUGGGAUCAAGCCUAUUGUUUUUCCCAACAUUCUCUAAAAAACAAAAGAAGAUAUGAUUAAAUUGAGGAAAUAUCAAUUAGCUUAAUUGCACUUUGAGGGUGAUUAACACCAAAAUGCUGCUAUUUUGAAAACAGAAAACAGACCAAAGAAAACUGAAAGGGAUAAGUCGAGCCAAAAAAUGUAUACUUAAGUUACAAAAAAUUCAUACAACAGACCAAUAAUAACUGAACUCACCACUCUCGCCAGAGACAAUUAUAGUGCUUCACCAAGGUCGGACUCCUUCAAAUUUAGAAGUUUAAGUCCAGAAAUUGAAAGCUAAUUAUGGUAGGUGAACAACAAAGUAAAUCGAAUUAACAAGGCAUAUGAAAUAUAAAAAGAAAUACAUCAUCUAGAACGAUUUAAGACUCAGUGGAAAACUGAUGUAAUACAAUAAAACUUAUCCUAAAAAAUUGUGCAAGUAGGGUUAAAUACAAAAAAGGGUCUAAGACCAAUAUUCAUCUUAAUUUUUUUACCGCAUCAGAAUAUUCAUUUGAGAAGUUCCCAAACUGAAGUCAAAUCAAUAACAAAUGAAGUUGAAUUAAGUGUGUUUCCUUAUUUUGUCCCAGUCUAUGAGAAAAUAAUAAAUGAGAAGGAAAUUCAUGAAAAUUAUAAGGAAUGGUUCUCAUAUUUUCUUGACAUCUUACACUACAGAAGUUACAUUCCCUCAGCCAAGACAUUUACUUUGGACAGUAUUGAAAUUUCAGCAUUAACUUAAAUCCCACAGUAUGAAAAGUUUUUAUACAUCCAAUUAUAAGGGUAAUUCGACUUUUGGAGUAUCAUGAAAUCAAAAUUGAAUCUUUCCGGAGAAUUUUAAGUCGACAAAUAUCCGAAAUUAGCAACCAAACUAUUAGAUCUUAGAAGUAAAGAAGAGGUCAGCAGAUUUUUUUGUAAAAGGGAGAAUUUAUUGCCAUUUUAUUUUCGAUAAGUUUAGAUGGGAAGUCAAACCUUAAUACCCUCGCAAUAUUAUAUUGAAAUUGAAAAUAAUAUUAGGGAACCUGAUGAUGAGAUGUUUGAAUAAUCAAUUAUUUAAAUGAACGAAAAAGAAUAAGAUACCUAUCUAAAAUUAUUGUAGCAAUAUAUCCAUUCAAAUAAAUCGAAAUAUUCCAAAAAAUUGAAGAAUCUAGAAGAGAAUAUGAGAUUGCGGUUAAAGAAGAUCAAAGCAAUGAGGAGAUAAUCUAUUUAAGUCAGACUGAAAACAAAACAUUUUCUUAAACCUGAAGAAGAAGAGCAUUUUGAAAGGAAACUAUUAUAUGAAGAUGAAAAAUCAAUAGAAGAAAUCUAAGAGGAUGCUUAUGAUCAUAUCUUACCUUAAAAUACACAUAUUUUCAAGAAGAAAUCGAAACAGAUUACAUCAGUCGAGGAUCCUUUUCAAUCUUUUAGUGCGAAGGAUAACCAAAAGUUUAAGGAAAUCUUGCAAUUGAUAAAUGUUGAGAAAAUAGUGUUAGAGAAGAACUUAUCAAGAUAAGAUGUUUAUCAUUACCUGUCACUUUUUAAGGCUUUGAUGGAUUCAGAUACUCCUUAAAAAAUUAAGGAUGUAAAAUAUCCCACUCUGUUUAUUUCAUUGGAUUAAUUGCGCAGGGGUGUCCCAUUCAUCGCAUUAUAUAAGAAUAAGGUGAACACCAAGAAACUGGCCGAAGUGUACAGUAGAAAGUACAAUUAUUGCGAAUUCAUGGAAUUUUUGGAUAUAUUCACUACGGAUUACAAGGUGACAGAGUAGGAGUUGUAAGAGGUGGAAUAGGAAAUAAUAUAUUCUUAAUAGAAGCCAAAUCAAGGAACAUCUUCUGUUUUGUAGAAAUAGGCAUCUGUAAUUUUGGGAACAGAGAAUCAAAAAAAGUGA